UUUGGUCUUUUAUUCAGGAAAUCAGAUUCCCAUUGAGUUGUAGAUCUAUUUAGCUUCUGAUAGUUCUUGUUUUGUAUAUAUGGGUGGUUGUCUAGGAUGCUGUAACGGGCCCAUUUUCAAGCCCUUUUUUAAUGAGACAUCAAAAGGGCUAAAAUCUCAAGGACAGACGGUGAGUAAACCCAGUAUAUCAGAAGGUUUCUGGACCACUAGCUGUGAUAUGGAUAACAGUGCCAUGCAGUCACAGGGAAGCAUCUCCUCAAUCAGCGCAAGCAACCAGACACUUGAUCCAAAUAGAAGUGCUGCAAGUGCUAAUGGCCCAUCCGAAUUUGUAAAUCAUGGCCUUCUUCUCUGGAAUCAGACUAGGCAGCUCUGGGUAGGAAACAAGAAGUCUGAAAAUCAGCCUGGACAGGUUCGAGAACCAAAGCUAAAUUGGAAUGCAACUUAUGAAAGUUUACUUGGAAGCAACAAGCCGUUCCCUCAUCCUAUUCCUCUUUCCGAAAUGAUAGAUUUUCUGGUGGACGUCUGGGAGCAGGAAGGAUUGUAUGACUGAUCAACGGUAUAACAACUGGCAUUUGGAAGGUGGUUAGAUAUUAAUGUCCAUCUUAAUUAUUGUUACAUUUUAAUUGGUUCCACAGGGAAAACGAUUGAGCAUCUCGUUUGUAUGUCAACUGUAGCAAUUUCAGGAUCUUGCUUGCCUGUGGUUCCCUAUUUUCUCUCUUUUUUUUCCUUCCCGUCAAAUCAAUUGACCUCUUGGACUUGCCAUUGUAUUGCAUUGGAACUAAUCCAAAAACUUGCUGGCUGCCUCAGGUGUUUAUGAGAGCAUUUUUUUA